CCGCGUCCUGGCUCUCUAACCGUAGCCAUGACCGGUCGCGGGACUUCGAGCCGCUUUCUGACCAGCGUCCUCCAUAAUGGGCUAGGGCGUUACGUGCAGCAGCUGCAGCGCCUCAGCCUCAGCCUCAGCCGGGAUGCGCCCUCGUCCCGCGGCGCCAGGGAGUUCGUGGAACGCGAGGUGACCGACUUCGCCCGACGGAACCCAGGAGUCGUAGUAUACGUGAACCCGCGCCCGUGCGCCAUGCCACGAAUAGUGGCCGAAUACCUUAAUGGGGCUGUGCGCGAGGAAAACGUCAACAGCAAGUCGGUGGAGGAGAUCAAGUCGUUGGUGCAGAAGCUGGCAGACCAGUCCGGCUUGGAUGUGAUCCGCAUCCGCAAGCCCUUCCACACGGACAACCCGAGCAUCCAGGGCCAGUGGCACCCCUUCACCAACAAACGGACUGCCCUCCACGGGCUGCGGCCCAGAGAACUCCGGGAUUCUGCUCCAGCUUCGAUGCAAGCACAGUAAAGAACCAGGCGCUUUGGACCGUGAGAGGGAUAGGAUUGGUUCCUCUUUUGGAUUUCAAGCUCAGGCCGAGUAGGUGGGUGGAGCCUACCAGCCGGGGCGUGGCCUGAGAUAAAGAAGAACCUUUUCCUUUGCCCACUUGUAGCUAGGUGCAGUGACCUUGUGAAUACCCUAAUUCUGAUUCAAUUGGCCUCCUUGCAAGCUGAGAUGUGAGAAGUGUACAACACUUGUACAAGGACCGUGUUUUCUGAAAUACGAAUAAUAAUGACUUCAAAACACAUGAAAGAGUCUGGAGGCUGUCUUCUGAAGGACACGGGAUGCCCUGUUGCUCUUGCUGGUAUGGCAUUGGGCAAGGCACCUUAUAUCCGUGUUUGUGUGCAGUUUAGGAAGUUGAAGAUGAGCCUGGCGUUGGUAGUGCAUAACCUUUAAUCCCAGCAUUUGGUUGGCAGAGGCAGAUGAAUCUCUGCGUUUAAGGCCAGCUUGGUCUACAGAGUGAGUUCCAGGACAACCCAGUCUCAAAAACUAAAAAUGAAAUAAAAAAGAAAAAGAAAACUGAA